AAAUUAAACACUACUUAAUGUCUGUUAACCAAUCAAAACACAUAAUGAAUCUCUAUAUCAACGUAUAGUGCCUUUGGUUGACCGCAAACCUCAAUGUCUGGUCGAUUGGUGUCCGCAAAGACAUUAAAGACCGCAAAGACGGUCACCGCCGCCGACGACAGCCAAUCGUUGACUUACGAGUCGAUCUGCGAGUCAUUUGUCCCCCAAAAGUCAUUCAAAUGCCAUUACGACGGAUGCGGCAAAAGUUUGUCCACUCAAAGCCGAUUGGAUUCGCAUAUAAGCCGCAGACACGCCAUCGAUGGCAGCGCACAGUCCGGGCAAACGAUUGGCAACUCUUUAUCCGAUAGAAGGCGGACAGCGGCGACGCCUGAAGAUAGCCGUCAACUGCGACCACAACGCCGUCCAAUCACCGCUACACCAGUACUUCCAGUACAUCCAGUGACUACUUCCAGAUCUGAUUACAAUCUCAAUACAACGCAUACUGUGGCUAAUACUCACUCGUCGGCCACCAGUGGUCAGACACCGGUCACAAGCGUUGAAAUGUUGCAAACAAUACGCGACCCGAGGCUACGAAAGAGAUCUACUGAAGAGAUGGCGUCAACUAUACGCGAUCCGAGGCUACGGAAGCGGUACGGCCUGCUAUUGGUGGGCACCGGAACCGAUACACCACCGCAACCAACGACCACCACCACCACUGGCGGCCGCGACAACUCACCCAUCAAUACCAGUCAAUCCCAAACCCCUAACACACCAACCGUUGGUCAGACGAGUUCAUUCAACCAGUCAUUCAUGGCGUUCCUGUCGGCCACUAAAUCAGUGGCCACUCAGCAACGGCCACAAGCGGGCGCCAGCAGUCAGUCAGCGCCAGUCAACACAUGUCAUACGAGCACAACUGAAACAAAUACUCGCAAACGCGGCCGACGGGGAGGUCGACGCCGUGGGGAUUACGUACCGGCGCUGACCGUCAACUCAACCGUUGACCAGUCAUCCGCCGGUAGAGGCCGUAGGGGGGAGACCAAUCGCCGGCAGACCGCCAGACGCGGCCGAAAACGUUGCAAACCGGACACCAAUUAUCACGUGUUGGAAGUGUUGCCCUCCGAUGAGGACACCAAUAGUGACACCGAAAUCGAGGUCAUAGCCGAUGAUAGUCCAUGUGUUACGUCAACGGUUCCGUCACAGCCGCUGACAACUCAGUCAAAGACUUCGAAGGCCAUAACGGCGGACCCUGAAUCGGACAGCGAUAUUGAGAUCGUGGCCAUCGUCUCCGCGCCCACCGCUCAGACCACAAGCGCUGCCACUGCCGGCCCGUCAAAGUUAUCACCGCCACCAGUGCUGCCAUCAGUACCACCGGUAUUACCACAGAUGGCUCCGCCAUUGCCACCACCGCCGCCGCCAUCGGCAGCAAUAGACACAGCCAUACGUUUGCUGGCGAUCGCACAGACCGUAUCUAAAGAGGGGAAACGGCUGUCCGUGGAGUCCAACACUACCAGCCCUACGAUAUCACCCGUUCCCUCCGAUAUGGAAAUGGAUACCGACAUCGAUGACAGUGAGUUGUUAUGCCCGCCCAACGAAGACCUGCCGACAGACGCAACGCUUCCCGACAGUGAUUAUUACACACGAUUUGAUUCGUUGGUGGAACGGGUGAGCCGUGUGGUGGAGGCCAACACCACCGCCGAUGACUGCGAUGUUAAGCCAAUGAUCGGCGCUUCUGUCUGCGUGCUAUUGUCUGGCGAUACUUCGACAACUGAUUUAAACAGUGAUAUAACAUGUGAUAUAAAACCUGAUGUCAACGCCAUUGCGCACAACUCGAUGACCGAUAUUACCGUCAAUAGUGCCGCCACAGCAGCGGGUGAUAGUGUGUCACAGAUUGCGGGCCAACCAGUGGUCACGCAAUCAGACACCGAUGUGUCCGCUACUGACGAGGCACUGAUCGACGUUAAGCCGUUGAUAUCGGAUCUGACUCUACAGACAGUGUCUGACCACUCAUUGGCCACCACUUUAAGCACUCAAACCAAAGACACGGCUAGUGUUGAACCAAUUGUCGCUCAAAUACUUACGCCACUGAUAGUGAAUAACAACAUAAACGCUAAUAGAGAUGAACAGUCAUGUGUUGGCACAACACCUAUCGAUGCCGUCAUUACAAACACCGAUAGCCAGACAAUAGCCGUCACUAAUCAUAAAAAUACUGCCAAAGAAUUGACUGUUAAUGAAGACACAGUCGGUGUGAACAGUGGUCAAGGAAUACGCACACAAUCGACAGCACCGGUCGAUAAGGAAGUCCGGGAGAAAGUCAGUGAACGGCGCACAAGAAGUAGAAGAAGAAGUACUUUGAGUGAAGGAGAACUGAUAGACGACGAGACUGUGGCCGAUAGUGAGCGGGAGUACGAGUGCCGCGAAUGCCGGCAGCCAUUUGGCCACAACCGGUAUGAAUACAACGAACACCUGUUUAUCAUUCACGGCGAGCGCCACCCAUACCGGUGUGAUUACGACGACCCGCGCCGACCACUUGACAAGCGGUGCGGCAAACAGUACGACCGGGCGUUUGAUUACGUGCGCCAUCAGCGCAGCCAACACGACCUGCGCGUGGCCUACGAGUGCGAGUACAGCGGGUGUGACCAGUAUUUCGAUCACAGGUCGGCCAUCAAAGAGCACAUAAUCAAAAAACACGGCAAACAAUCGCCGUUUGUCUGCGAUCGGGCCGACUGUGGCCAGAGUUUUGGCCGCGAAACGCAACUCUACGCCCAUAAACGUGACGAUCACACGAACAGACCGGUCGAGUCCAGCCAUAGCCGCCGCUCAGCGAGUCUUAAGGACUUUCAGUGCGAACACAACGAUUGUGGCCAACAAUUUGCCAGACAGUCGGCGCUCGACGACCACAACGAGAACAAUCAUUUGACUGAUUGGCACGAAUGCGAUGCCAAAGACUGCAACCGAACAUUUGUCAACAAAUCGCUGCUGAAUGAGCACAAACUUAGGGACCAUUCGCUGCCCGAACCGGUGGUGUCCGUCAACCACAGCACCGGUACGCCAGCGGCGGGUGAUGUGAACCCACCUCUCACUGACACCACCACUCAAUCGGUGCCCAAACCGGUGUCAACGCUAUGUCUGUUUGAAUGCGAUUUUAAUGAAUGUUUCGGAAUGUUUACCACCGAAGAGAUACUGCAGAAGCAUAAGAGGGCUGUCCAUCAAAAGCACAACCAGUCGUUGACAUCGGCUCAAGAACUCUCCUCUGUUCCCAUUGAUACCAUUGAAUCUCAAACACUUCCAAGUCUUUCCAGUAAUGUCAGUGCCUCUCAAGUACUUCCAAGCAUUUCCAGUGAUAAUUCUGUGCCUCAACUAUUGCCUGGCCUUCCAAGUGAUGUCACGCCAUCUCAAGCACUUCCACCACUUUCUAAUGAUAAUCGUGUACCUGAAGUACUGCCCGGCCUUUCCAGUGCUAACUCUGUACUCAAUACAUCCAAUGGUGGUCUAAGAGUUGUUGACAUACCUGUGCCCACACCGGCUAACACGGAGAACAGUAACCGAUUAUGGGAUACAAUCUUAGGAGUGGUCAGUCAGCCACCGGCCGUCACCAUAACUCUCACCGACUCAGACAUCAGUGACGUUAUCAGCGAAACGAUUCCAGCGCUCGACACCAUCGGCUCGUCGGCCAGCGAUAAGACACCCACCGGUCGAUUAGUUCCGCCGCCUUUACCGCCGCACAGCCUAUUGACUGCACCACUGAUCUUUCUGAGUGAAUCUACGGAUCGGGAAACGCCGUCCACGUCCUCAAUGAACACACCCUCAAAGCCCACGACAUCUAAGACAUCCAUAUCUAAGACAACGACCUCUAAGACCAAAACCACAACAUCUAAGACGACGACCAACGCGUCGGGCGAUACCAUCAGCUAUAGUGAGAAGCGAUACAAAUGCGACAAAUGCUCGAAAACCUAUGGCCGCGACCGUAACCUCAAACGGCACCAGAAGUGCCGACACGGCGUACGCGAGCCCUACCGGUGCUAUUGGGACGGUUGCGAACGCCGGUACCCCAAAGAGUCCCGACUGGCGGCACACGUGCGUGAUAUACACCGCACGCGUGGCCAUUGCUUUCGGUGCCGAUACGGUCAGUGCGAGCGGCGGUUUAAGUGCGAACGGCUGCUGAAUGUGCAUCGGCUUAGAGCCCACGACGUGGACCACCCGUACCGGUGCCGUCACGAGCCGUGCGGCGUUACCGACGGUUUGACUGGUUAUCCGACAGCGGAAUCGCUGAGACAGCACGUGUUCGCAGAGCACAAUCCGUACAAAUGUCAUUACAGGCGCUGCGAUCGAGCGUACGAUACGCCCGGAAAGUUACGGCAACACCGGCUUCGGUGUUGGUAUCGGUCCGCCGCGCAGGACAUGCCCUCCGCUUCCAACUGGUCCUACAGGUCCGAAGACAGCACUUAUGUGUGCAAUGUUUGCCACGAAAGGUUCACCAAUUGGCCAGAACUGAAGACCCAUAUGUCCCGUUCCCACAAACGUGAUGAUAAGCGCGCGUCAGCCGCGCGGGACAGCCCAUCCACCGCCACCGCCGCCCCGAUGUUCAACAAAUCCAAUAACGAUUCAACCGCCGAUGUAUUGCCAAUGAAUGACAUAUCGGUGCCCAACGAUACUGACCGGCGAGUCAUGGAGAACACGACCGGCGCUUUCAUUAACGACAUACCGGUGCUCAUCACGGAAAGGGCUGAUCCAUCGCCCGUACGGCCUGUUCUGGACCUCUUAGUGCCGGUGCUGACGCCCAUACCUACUGACAGUGAACGCAGCGCUGAUAACACUAUAACUAACACUAUUAGCAAUGAAUGUUCAAUGAGUGGCGAAGCGACCAAAGAGUGGGAUAAUCAGCCAUCGAGUGGCUAUAGCGUAGGCACUGGUCGUCCAACACAGGGCUCACAAUCGCAACCGCUAUACAAAUGCGAUGAAUGCGACCAAACAUUUCUGUUUGGGCCCAAUCUGGCCGACCAUAAGGCCUGCGCCCACUCGACGACUCACCAGUACGGCUACGUGUGCCGCCCGUGCGAACACGUGUUCGCCAAUCAGGCGCUGUUGGAUAUACACGUGCGGGACAUACAUGUGAUGCUUAAAAACACUAAUAAUGACAACUCGUUUCAUAAUAGUAUAUGUGCGCCGACACGACCGCCCAGUGCCGCCGCUGGCCAUCCGGUCACUUCCUAUCCGCCGAUUGUCGAUCUCGACAGCGAUUCCGCACCUGAAGACUGCGCUUUCAGUGACGGGCCGUCCGACGGGUCCACCGAUGAUAACGCUGUCACCGAUACUGCCGAUACUGAGAGCACCGGCGAUGACAGCACAUCCCGUGACAGCACAUCCCGUGACAACACAUCCCAUGACAGGUUGCCCAUCACCACCAGUGCCGCCGCCGCCAUCAUUGAGAAUACUGUCACCAAUACUACCCGUGCCGUCGCUGAGCCAUCACCGAAACACUCGGCAAACGUAUGCCGCGAAUGCGAUCAAUCAUUCAAAAAGCUCGAAGACCUGAACCAACACAGACACGCUGUCCACUCCGUGCCGCCGCCGUACCGGUGCUCAGCCCAGGGAUGCGGCAAA